AUGCGCGGCGCCAAAGUCGAACAGGGCAGCACGAGGGUGGAGACAGCGCGUCCUUUCGCGCAGGAGGAAGGGAGGCGAAAGGAGGAUGGAAAGCACGCCGAAAGCCAAGAAACUGGCGGAGGAAGUAGCACGAGUGCAGAGGGCGCAAGAAAGAAGGAGAGAGAGAAAGAAUGGUUGCUUGUUCCUGGCGUACGCGCAGCACGAGCUGCGCACGGUAGCACUGGCGCAUGCGCGGCACAUGCCUGUGUUACUCCGAUCGGAGAAACGAGUGCGAGAGAAGCACGUGGUGAAGUUGUGCUGAACGAGGAAGGAAAUUGUUUUCUUGGCGUCGAGAAGCGGACGAAGGAUGGAGAACGUCGCCCGUUGAAGUUGGAUUUCACGUCCAGUUCAACGAACACCGAAAAAGUCUCAGCGCACACCGACGAAAUGUGUAAAAGGAAACGAACGAGCGAUGAUUAAUUCGUGCGCGAAUAUCGUAUUGCGAGCCGAUGGCCGAUCUCGAGGCAGCGACCUUGGUCGUGUACAGCCUGGAAACGUAUGGACACGUCCUUGGCUGCGAAAUUUACGCCAACAAUUAAACUCCACCUUGGCGCAGCGCAACGCAAUGCAACGCCAGUGAAGAACGCGUCCUGCACCUGAUUCCCUUUUUUAAAAGGCCAACCCUACCCCGUCGAUGUCCUUGACCUCCUCCCCCCUCAUCGUCCUCUCCAGCAUCCAGAAUGGCAGCCACGGCAGAGCUCGCGAGAAAGGAAUCAACGGGGAUUCGCCACUUUUCGAACGACAAAUCCGUUGGAAAAUGAUCACUCAGAUCGUCGGCCGUGUUUACGAUCAUCUCGCCACUUUUCGAACGACAAAUCCGUUGGAAAAUGAUCACGAAGACGUGUUUACGAUCAUCUCGCCUCUUUCUUCUUGGAGAUUUCGUUCGCGAAAUUAUUUGAUCUAGGUAGAGGUAAUCGUCGUUCGAGUAUUAACGCUAGAACAACCAAACUGACUAGUUUGUAAUAUUUCUAUUACAUUAUAGAUUUUGUAUUACAUUUUACA